CCUGCCCUUGCUGCUCCCUGACUGCUCCGGGCAUCCUCCUGGGCACAGACCCUGUCCCAAGGGGCCAUGGUAGGGUGUGGGCAGCAGCACGUCUCCCACUGGCACUCCUCUGAUAAACACUCCAGGCACUGCAUCAGUGCCACCCACUCGUGGUUGCCUUCCCUAUCCCAGCCCCUGUGCCCCAGGUUCUUCUCAUGCCACCCUGUGUGGGACCCACGGCUGGCAAGGGACAGCAAGGGCAGGGGCAGGGUACACGCUGCCUGUGUACUGUGUGUGACAUUGCUCUGCAAGCGCCAGAGGCCAUGGCACAGGAAACACUCGUCGGACAGUGCCCCCGGGCACUGCCACGGUUCAGUUCCCACCGUGGGCAUGACCUGGGGUCAAGGUGCCCGCAGCCAGGCCAGCGUGCCGGAGUGGGGCCAGGCCAGUCGCCAGAGCCAGCCCUGGCUCCGAGGGCUGGGGUGAGGACGCUGGCCGCUGGCCGCUGGCCGGAGCUCGGGGGGCCGGCUGGGGGUGGGCUCCGGAGCCAGCCCCUCCCCGGCCGUAUAAAUCCCGAUUCCCCCUGCAGACAGUCGUCCCAGCCCUGCUCAGCUGCCGCGGCGGAGCAGCAGCGGGAAGGCGUCCGGAGCCGCCGUCGCAGCUGUGCCGGCGGGGGAAGGCUCCCCGCAGCCCCGGGGGUGCCCCCAGCAGGGCCGGGGGUGCGGGCGGGCACCCCACCAUGGCCUUCACCAUGCUGCGCCCUGUGGCCGCCCGCGUGCUCUACCCCGACCUUAGCAUGCUGUCGGAGGACGAGGAGAACCGGAGCGAGAGCGACACGUCGGACCAGUCGUUCGGCUGCUGCGAGGGCGCCGAGGCUCGCCGCAAGCUACCGCGGAAGCCGGGGCCGAUGGUGAUGGUGAAGCAGAGGCAGGCGGCGAACGCACGGGAGCGGGACCGGACCCAGAGCGUCAACACGGCCUUCACCGCCCUGCGAACCCUCAUCCCCACCGAGCCAGUGGAUCGGAAGCUGUCCAAGAUCGAGACCCUCCGCCUGGCCUCCAGCUACAUCUCCCACCUGGCCAACGUGCUGCUGCUGGGCGAGGGCUGCGAGGACGGGCAGCCCUGUUUCAGUGCCAUCUAUGGUGCCAAGGGCGACCUGGACAGCAAACAGCCCCGCAGCAUCUGCACCUUCUGCCUCAGCAACCAGCGGAAAGGGGGCAGUCGGAGGGACCUCGGGGGCAACUGUCUGAAGGUGCGAGGGGUGACGCCCCUGCGAGUGUCGCGGAGAUGAGCCGGGCUCCGGCAGCGCCCACCUGACACAGCGGCAGAGGCGGACGGAGCCCGCGCACGCCAGCCCAGAGACCGCAGCGGGGAGGGAGGGAGCUGCUCACCUGAGGUGGCAGUGGCCGAGCCCAGGCUGGCACCACACCGACACUGGCCCUGGAGCCGGCAGUGGGGCGGGAGGACACUCCCGUGGCUGAGGCUGCCCACGCGGGGCAGGGCCGGGGAGGGGGGUCCCCGCGCCCCGGGGCUGGACUGGAAGGGGCCUGUGUGCGGCCAGCGUCGAGGCGCUCCAGGGGGACGGUGUUGUGGCCCUGGGGAUGCUGGUUGUGCAUGUGCAGCUGCUUGGAAAAUAAAGCCUUAUUUUUCUGAU